GAUUUCGGGGAAAAGGAGCGUCUGCCUGUGAAGCUGCUCCGUCCGCCUCCGCUGAGACAAACACAAGCUGUAGAGUCUGCAGGCAGUACGGAGGAAACGCAACCGAGGUAAACGAAACUUAAAUCCGCUUCCUAUUUUAACACCUUUAACUUCUAUUUUUAAUGUUUCCAUAAAUAUCAGAACAGGUGAGAGCGAGAGGAGCUUCUGUUUUUUGUGUUUGUAAACCAAACUCCAUUUAGAAAAGUGUCGAUUUAAGAAACGAUGGUUUGAUUUCGGUGCUGCUACAGCUUAAACUUCCUAAACGAGUCUUUAAACAACACAUGCAUCAAAAUACAUUCAUUUCUAAGAUUUAAACUGUACUCAUUGUCCAACUUUUGUUGUUUUUUAAUCGGUUUUUACCGUAAAUUAAGUGUAAAAGAGUUUGUAAAGGAAAUGAUGUCCUCAGAGAAUAUCUAAUGGUUUUUGUUUUGUUGUUUAAUUUGUGUGUCAGUCCGUGUCUGUGUUGUGUUUUUAGCAGAAUCAAGAGUCAUGGCUGGAGGGAGAAUGCGCUCCACACGCAAACUGUGCGCCUGGAUCGUCGCGCAGGUGCGUGUGUUUCAACAGUGUGUGUGUGUGUGUGUGUGUGUGUGUGUGUGUGUGUGUGUGUGUGUGUGUGUGUGUGUGUUAGAGAGAGAGAGAGAGGGAGAGGGAAAGGGAAGGGAGGGGGGAGAAGGAAAGGGAAAGAGCUGUAAUGACCAGAUCAAAUUAUUGUUUUCUCACUGUGUUGUUUCAGAUUACCAACACAACACAGUGAGAAAAACAUGUCUCUGCAUUAUUGGUAUUCAAAGAUCAAAAAAACACGGAAGUAAAAAGAGGUCAAAUCAGCUCUAGGUGUCAAUAAAUAGAAAAAAUAUUAUCUUUGCAUGGUCUCUUUGUUGGAGUAUUGUCAAUGGGGCCCUAAGCAAAAUUUAAUUUUGGGGCCCUCUAUCUCUGCCAAUAAUAUUGAUUGUUGAUCAUUUACACAUCUACUACAGUAUCAAUUUAAUGCACCUGACAUGUCUUUACACAUUUAAGGGGGUGGCCUAGGUAAUAACAUAAAUAAUACCAAUACAACCAUACAAAUAAUACCAUUAAUGACUGAUGGAUGAUGUUCAGGGUGCCACAUAUGGAUUUUAAUCUCAAAAUGUAAGGCACAUAACGGCAGUAAGAAUCAUAGGCCUAUAUCAGCAGCAGCUCUAAAAUGUUUUUAUUUUAUUUUAUUUUAUUUUUACAAUAAUAUAUAUUUGAUCAUACAGAGAGCAUCACUCAUACAUGCACCUGUACUGCGUUAUCUUUCUCCCAAACAACUGGCAAAAAAAAAAACAAGGCAAGACUGGUUCAGUUUUGGUAUUCUUUUUUUUUUUCAGUUUAGGCAAAUUUUACUGGAAAGGAAAGAAUAAGGCUGUGUCCGAAAUGGAUCCCUAACCCCUAUAUAGGCGACUAUAUGGUAGCCUGGCUGGGCCAUCCAGUUGCGUGAAUCACUUCCUAAGUGAUUCACGCAACUGGAUGGCCCAGCCAGGCUAAUUAUAUGGGGGUUAGCGCCAUUUGGAGGGGUGUCCAAAACCUGAGUGAUCAAUUCCAAUGCUCCAUAUAGGCGACUCAAAGUUCCCGUCCUGCAUUGCGUCUUGCCAUGUUGUGUCCGAAACCUCCGGUAGUUGAGUUCACUACAAAGUCAACUAUAGAGUGAAUCCCCAUAUGGGGGUUAGGGGUUAGGGAUUCAUUUUGGACAUAGACUAAGAGAAACAAAGUUGCUUGUGCAAACAUGUCUGUCACAGUGGGAGACUUUACCAAUGAUUAUUUUUGCUGCUGCAGGUCAACAGUGGAAAAUAUCCAGGGUUGAUGUGGGACGACGAGGCGAAAACCAUGUUCCGCAUCCCGUGGAAACACGCAGGAAAACAAGACUUCCGAAAAGACGAGGACGCCGCCAUCUUUAAGGUGAGUAAAGCAGCUCCCGUAAGAAUUCAAAUCCAGAAAGAAAUUGUGUAAAAUAACCUUCUUAGCAAUCCUCCCUGUGUUCCUCAGGCAUGGGCAGAGUUUAAAGGUAAACUGGCAGAAGCAAACCCAGCAGCCUGGAAGACACGCCUCCGGUGCGCCCUCAACAAGAGUCCAGAGUUCGAGGAGGUGAACGAACGAGCCCAACUGGACAUCUCAGAACCGUACAAGGUGUACCGCCUGGUCCCUAUCACCGAGCAAGGUGAGAAAGGAGCAAAGAGGCACUGAGAAAUGUAAGAGUCAGGGAGGAAAUGUUUUGUUGGAGUUAUGAGGUAGGGUUGGUGGACAGGAAAAGCGGGGUAUCAUCUGCAUAGAAAGAAAAUUUAGUAAAUGUUUAUGGAACAUAAGGCAAAGUGGAAGUGUGUAUUUGAGAGAACUAUCUCAUGUGCAGUUAAACACAAAAAGUUUGUAUUGUUUCACAAGUAUUGUUUAAUGUUUUUUAAUUAAAUUAAGAUUGGAACAUUGAAGGUGUGUGUUGUAUGAAGGUGUAUAUCGGCCAAUAUCGGUAUUGGCAGGUCAGACUUUUUAAAGAUCUGUGAUCGGCCAGAAAAUUGUGAUCAGUGUGAUAAAACUCAGAUGCCGUCUCAGUCUGAUGAAGAAUUUAUUUUGUUUAUUUCACGGCAGCUCGUCCCUUUGGGGGGUUAAAAGCUCCUGGUGAGAUUAUUUAGAUGAGUCUACAGUCCUUUACAAACACUGUGGUCUGUGUUUGGAGCAGUCAUUAUGAGGAGGGGGUGUUAUAACCUUUUUCUACAGAGUGUAAACCUGAGCUCUCAGAUGGUUUACUCGGUGGUCUCUGGAUGAGUUGUUGAGAUUCACACUUCUGUAGAUGUGUGAGGUGAAUAUUUACACCUGAGUUAUUCUCCUGUCGGCUUUGUUUAGAUAUUUGUUGAGUUUCAAACAUAAAUUAUUGGCCUAUUUUAUGGAGUCUACGAUUAAUCAUCUGAAAAAUGACUUCCUCUUAUUUUAUUCAUUUUAUCUGUCAGUGUGCGGCAGUAAACCCGCUGAAGUGUCCUGAUAACUCUUAUCUACAACAACAAGCUGGAUGAAAAUUCAACAGUCAGGCCAAAAAAUUAGUUGAUUCGUCUUCUUCAGUUCGAUAACACGAGUCAGUUUUACAGAGAGUGCUAGAAUUACAGUCGUCCACUGUCUGUGGAGCUUUAACCGCCCUUGUAUUGUGUUUGCAGGAUUUACAUAAGUCACUUUACGCUGCUUUUGUGUGUAAAGCUGCUACACAAAUAACUCAGCCAUACUGUACAAAGUGACACAGAGAGAAAAGACCAAAGUGCAGGUGCUCACUGUGCUGUUUGAUCCAUAUGCCGAUGAUGAUCCUGAAGUUUUAUCUCUUUAAAUAAAUCAGCUGUUCUGGAUUAAAGUCAGUUUUAUGAAGAGCAACACCGAUUUAACAAAAAAAGAGUAAAUCUGUGGUACUCUUUAAAAACUGUUGCUUUUGGCUUCAUGAAAGUUAUCGUCUCUGUUGCUGUUUCUAUCAGCUGAGUCUGCAGGGAAGUGAGCUGAUACAGGAGGUGGAAAGUUCAGCCAACAUCAACCUUAUAACUGGAGCGAGGAGAUGAAAGCAGCUCUGUGACAGCACCUUCAUAUCAAAUCAGACUGUAUUUAAGCUCCUGUUUGUCCUUCAGUUUAGUCUAAAUGAUCUAAAGUUUGAAUACGUCCUGUUUGUAUGUUUAGGUGUUGUUGUUCCUGUAAAGAAACACAAAGUAAAAAAAGUUAAAGCCCCCAAGAGGUUGAAGGGGCCGUGGAGCAGCAGCAGCAGCAGCAGUGAUUCAGAGAGCAAAGACGACACUCCGGUCAAGAAGAUCAAGAUAGAGGAGGUCAACCCACAGCCGGUGAGUCAACUACAGCUGAAAACAUCAAGUCUAAACCAAGCAGCAAACUCUGGGUUAAUGCAGAUUUGAAAUAGGCUGCAGUACCUUCAGUGUCCACUAGAGGAUAGCUGCAGAAACCAAAGGAAUCCCCAUUUAGUCCCAUAAUAAGAUGUUUAGUUUGGCCGAAGUUUUUAACAGUCUGGUACAAACAAACAAACAAACAAACAAAAAAGUUUUGGUAAGCAGCUCAUUCAGUCAUUCACACACACUUAUAAAGGUGGAGCCAAAUAUGUGGAGCUCCCUCUGCUGGCUGACUGCAGUAUAUGUUAUAAAGUCUGCCUCCUGGGUCAUGGUCGUCAGACUUUAAAACCGAAACAAACGUCAGUCAAGUUUUUCUCUCACAUGUUUUCUGUCAUUACAGCUUUUUUUCAUCAUGCUGAGUUAUGUCCAAGUGUUUUAUUUUGUCAAGAAUAAUCUUAGUUUGUUAGUUUUUGCUAAGUUGGAGUUACCUCAAAAGUCAGAUGUCGGAGCUGAAAAUGUAGUCACACCCGAGUUCCCAGAGAUCCAAAAAUUGGAGGCCUGAAACAAGAUGGCUACAUCUACGAAAGUUAUUUUAGAACUUUCCUCAUCUGAAUACAAGCAAGGUCAGGGCAAGAGCUAAAUGACGUCAUUUUCAACUCGGACUGAGGUGACUCAAACGCAGCAUAAGUCUAAAAAAAAGGCAGUAAAGUCAUGUUUUUUGAUAUCGCUCUCCUCUAUCAGAAUUAUUUCUUCAUAGUCAAAGCUAAAUGGGUUGUUAAGUUAAAUUCUCAUGUUUUUUUUUAUUUGGUCAGAGUUUUAAACUUUAAACUCUCUGAUCCUCAGUUUGUGGACCAGCCUCUGCCACAGAGCCAGAGCCCAGACCUGACAGACCAACCAUCUGAGAACACAGUGAUCACCUUAGAGACAAAAGGUGAGUUUAUCCAGAGUGUGGAUGAUGGAUCUGUACUUAUACUCACAAAAGCUCUUAACUGAGUUUCAAAACUUCCUUUUUUCUAAAAUGUGUGUAUUGUAGUGUGACAGUGUUUCUUAGUUUCGUCUUAAAUAUCUCUGCAGAAAGCUCACAAGAUCAUGAGUAAAACUCGCAUUUCUUCGGUUUCCAAAUAUCUUGUGAUCACUUCCCCUUCCCCUCUGGUGAUCUUUGGUUGUGAUGAAAGAACAAUCACGAUCUCUGCAGGAUGAACAAUCUCACUCGUUUCUCCUAAUUCACCAACUUUUACCUCCUCUAAAAGUUUUGAUCUCAGGACCCCUCUGAAGACUGACUUUUAUCUGAGCUUCCACAGUUUGAGACCCAGACCCUUAAUGUGGUCUUUCAUUCUUACUCAUGAAUAUAAGGUCUCAUUUCUCAUCACAGCAUUUGCAAAGGAGGGUUUUUAUCGAGGGAGGCAGCGCUUUAAAAACAGAGAUCAUGAUGCAACAUUAUCAUCCGUGACUCUGAACUUUCCACCAGACAACCAGCAAAUCAUGACUGAAUAAGGUCAGAGGUGGGAUCAGAAGUUCAGACGAUCGCCACAGUUAAUGUAACAAAACCAGCUGUGAGGUUUGAGGUGACUGUGGAAAGAGAACCGACCCUGACCGAUAACCACACCGCACUGUGGAUUCAUCAGAUCCUGUUUCUCCUUCUGUCUCUGCAGUGGUCAAUGAGAUCAGGCUGGACGUGAGGAUCGAGGAGAGCGUUCCUAAUCCAGCAGAAGGUAAAAACAAACACAAACAUGUCAAAUUAAGCAGUUUGUCUUUAUGAAUGUGCUUUAAAAGGUCAUGAAGUCACUUGAUUUAUUUUCAUUUUUGGCUCGAGCUGCACAGUUCCUUUAUUUGUCAGCGUGUUUUUAGAAAUAACUCAAAUUUAACUCAAUUGCUGUUUCACUUAGAGGGUUUAUUGUCUCUGGAGUGGAAAUCCCUGAGGACCUAGAAUACGAUAUGACUGCUGUACGGGUUUUUUGCAGUUUUACAUAUUUGGUUAUUCGCGGAAAAUACCGAGUGUUUGUGUGAAAUCACGUCACUCCACAGAGUCGAUCCUGGAUCCUGUCUGAGCUCAUCCCCGUUUAGUUUCACGAUGAACAGACACCGGCUCAUGAGGCCGCUGAGUGGACAUCGGGACGCACUUAGACAUCAUCCCUCAUCCCUAAUGCAAUCCCAGCUUCUCCAGUUGCUCGUUAGAAAGACUGAUGUCCUCUUUACUAACUGCAGUCCACUCUGGAAGCUGGCGGUAAUGCACAAGAGUGAGCAAAACCUGAUCUCAUUCAUGUGCACAAGUCUGGGUUUUGGGAAAUGGUCGACACAGCGGGCAUAAGAGGCAGGAAACAGUCCAUUUUGGUUCUGUUUGAACCCUUUUACUCCCAUCCUGGAACCGUUUAACUGUUGGUGUAAAAAUAAAGUUCGUGUUAAAGUUAAAGCACAGAUACAGAGGUCAUGGCCUGGAGUCCUUUAUGGCAAACUUCUGGCUCCAUUUGAAGGAUUUCUGCAGCUCUCAGAGACUUUGUUGUGGUCGGACGUCGGCCAAAUUGCUCCUGUGAUAGGCAUCUGUUGUUUGACUGUUUUCCUGUGUUUCUCUGUCUCCAGUCCAGGACUCCUUCAACGUGGUGGUUCAUUAUUUAGGACAGGAGGUUCUCAAGCGUCAGAUUCAAGGCACAGAUGUCCGGAUUUUGUAUCAGCCUCCCUCUCCUGCUCCUCCGACGCCGCUCGUCAAGAAAAGCAUGUUCCCUCGCAUCCCGCUGCCGGAGCCGCCCUCCUCGCUGCAAACAGGCCCCGAGCUGCAGGCGCUGUUCACCCUGCUGCCCUUCAUGGAGAAAGGGGUGUUGCUAACAUCCACGCCGCAAGGAGUUUACGGCAAACGCUUCUGCCAGGGGCGGGUCUUCUGGAGGGGGCCGCACACGACCGCGCCGGGGUUGAACAAGAUGGAGAGGAACACGGAUCCGGUGCUGCUCUUCAGUAAAGACGAGUUCAAACAGCGUGAGUGUGAACAAAGACACAAGGUUUUCUGUUCCUCUAAACAAUAGAGAGAGAGUGAAAAAAGAGCUUUAAUUUAACCCUCUAAUGCUCUCUAAAGUUCACUUGAUCGUUCUCAGUGAUAGUUUUAGGAAAAGAUGAGAUUUGCACACUAAGAGGCUGAAAAUAAUGGUGAUUAAAGGAGGGAUCAGACAUGCAAAACACUCAAAACAACAAUUAAAAAAACAUCAUUCAAAUUUAACCAAAGAGAAAAUUCAAAUUUAGAAAAAAAGCUUUACAGGAGCAGAAGUUUGUCUUAGACUGGCAUUAUGUGUUUUUAAAGCUUUAAAUAUUCCAGUUUGCAUUGAAAUAUAUUCAGUUUUGCUCUUUAAAGCUUAAAUAAUUAUCCUACAAUGCUGUUACUCAAUGCAUGAUGCUGUAAGUAACUUAAUACACCUGUUAAAUCUUAUUUGAUGUGCCUUUACCAACAUAUUUUUACUUCAAAUAUACUGAAAAAAUCAUGUUAGGUUAAAUAUAAUGAGUUGGUCAGUAUUUAUAAUUAUUUAAACCAGUUUUAAAUAAAGUAAUAAGUCAAAAAUCUGUUUUAAUCUAACUUGAUGUGCUUAUACCAACAUAUUUUUACUUAAAAUGUAAUUUUAAAAAUGACGUUAGGUUAUAUAUAAUGAGUUGGUCAUUAUAUGUAAUUAUAUAAACCAGUUUAAAAUGAAGAAAUACAUCAAGAUAUGCGAAAAUGUCAUCACAAAUUCAAAUGUGGGUCACAGAAACUGGUUUUUUUUGCCCCCUAGUGGAUCAUCAGUGUAUUGCAUGUGUCUCUGUUAUAUCUAUGACUUCACUCUGAACGUCUUUAUGUUUGACCCAACAGUUUAUUACUUCCACAGGGUUAUUUAUUUCCUACAUCUCAUCUGUUGUGUGUGUAUUUAACUUCCUCUCAUCGUCUUUCUUUUAUAAUCAGAGCUUGACCACUUUCGUUUAAACGGCGGCGAGCCUCCUCAGUGCGGCGUCACUCUGUGUUUCGGAGAGGAGCUGAGUGACAGUGAAGACCCGGCCAGAAAACUCAUCAUUGUCCAGGUGAAGGUGCUGCAAAACACUUUUACGAUUUUACUUUUUCAUGAUCUACUCCUCUGGGAUCAGCCGUCCUCCCCGUGUUUCCACUGUAGUCAGAGUUAGACCUCCAGACUAGACUCAGUUUGGUCAAAGAUGAAGCAUCUUCUCUCCUGUCCUCUGCAGAUCGCCUUCCCCUAGACGGAGCCCAUGUUUCCACUGUAGUUAGAGUUAGACCUCCAGACUGGACUCAGGACUCAGUUUGAUCCUCUCUCCUGUCCUCUGCAGAUCACGUUCCCCUGGGCGGAGCAGCAGGUGCAGACCUCCCCGUCCAUCUUUGACUCCAUCAGCUUCCUCCAGUCCUUGGCCAGUCAGUCCCCGCUGGGAGAAAUAACUCUAAACCUGGUCCCCCUCAUCGACAGCUGAGACCGUCACCUGUGGGUCCGUCUGAGCACUUAGUCCAGCAGGCAGGUUUCUGUCACCAUAAAAGACUUUUCCACCACACCUCCAAACCCAUCCGUACUAAAUUAGACGAUCAAUGUGAUAUUUGGAUUUUCACGUUCCAGAUAUUCUGUUUACAUCAAAUCAAACUAAAACAGUCAAAUUUGAACCACUUUAUAAGACGACUAAAGCACUUAUAUUAUUGAUUAAUGAUUAAUCUGUGUCCUGAAACACUAAAACACUGAAUGUAGAACUAAUUAUGCAGCUCUCUGCUGCUGCGAGUUUUUCAAAUGUGAUUUCUGCCCGUUCAGAGUAAAAUGAGAAUUUAAUGCCAUUUUUUUACAGUUUUUCUAACAUUUUAUAAACUCUGAAAGGGUUUGAUUUAGAAAAUAAUGAUGAUCAGCAGCUGUAGCUUCUGUCCUUUUGGGUUUUCUGGGAAAACUGAUGUUCGUCUAUGGCUGCUUGUCUGUUGGCCAGUAUGUGUGGUUCCCAAAAUGUGAGUCCAGACCCUGUUUAAGGCCGCGAGUUUUUGUUUAAAAGGGACAAAAAUGUAUAAAGUAUUCAGAGGUUUGUAGAGAAAAUGAAAAAAAAAAGAAAAAAAACAGUUUGGUUGAACUGGUUUCAAUCGAAACACCUGAAACAAGAAAAAAAGGUCCGAUUUGAAAUACGGGGAACCACACACUUUUGCACUGAUGGUCAUUUCUCCUGUUGGAUAUUAAAUAAACACAUAGCAGAAGUUAACGCUGCAAGAAUAACACACAACUCCUAGAAUAGAUGAAUCUUGUUAAUCAAACUUUAGUAUCCUGAUAUUUUUCUUUCAUUGCUGAUAUUAAAAAUGUGACUGCUUCGAUUUCAGACUUCAGGAGUUUAGUUAGUUUAGUUAAACUUACACCACACUCUGACACUUCUCUUGACACAUAUUUAACCGUUAAACUUUUAGUUUUAAGGUGUUAAGGGUGAACUCAAGAGCAAACGUCUCACAUUUCAGUAUAAAAAUGCGGCAGUAAAAUCAAUCUGUUGGAGCUUAACGUGUUCAGUUUUGUUGAGGCUUUCCCCGACGCUUGUUAGCAGGAUUUAUGGAGCUUCCAUUGGUGAUAUUCACACAAAAUGAGAGCUGUGAUUUAACAGGCAACAGACAGCUGAGAGGUGCAAGAACAGCCUCUAUUUUUGGAUGUUCACUGAAGAAGUUUUACUGUGAAGAAAUAAAAACAAAAACUUGGUGACACUUCACAACAACCAAAACUAAUAAAUGAUAAAUAGAUGAUUUAUAAAUGGUAUGCAGAUAGUUUAUUAAUGUUUAAUCAUCGAAGAGGGUAACUAAAAAAUGUUUAAAUUCUUGGAAAUCUUAAGAUCUAAGAUUGACUUUCAUUUCAGAAUUUUGAGAUUAAAAUCAGAAUUUGGAUUUUAAUCUCAGGAUUCAGAGCUGCUCUUCUUCUAUUCUUUUUUUGUUGGUCAUAGUUCUGUGAAAUUAAAUGCAGCCUUUUGACUUUUAAUGAAUUUUAAGGGUAAAAAAAAUCUUAAUUUUUAUUUAGAACUCAGAAAAACGUUCUUGACCUCAAAAGUAUUGCUUGUGCGGACUUAAUUUGUUUUUCUUUUAUCGAAACAUUUGUGUAAAAACGCUAAAUAGAGAGAAUGUGAAACAAACUUCCUGUUCAUUACCAAUGCAUCAAAUUUUAUUUUAUUUUUCCAACUACUAAGCUAUUGUGUCGACAUGAUGUGAGCCAAAAAAAACACCUUAAACUCCAACAGGCUGUUUUCACUGCGGGACUUUUGUAUUCGAAGGUGCUUCUGCUCUUGAGUUCACUGUCUGGAUUUUUUUUUUACGUACACAUAAAUAACAAAAACACAACAAUAAAAUAGGAAAACACAGGACCAGAGAUUCCAUGGGUGCGUUGUAAUAAUAGUGUUAUAUUGAAAUGAACGGGGUGUCGGGCUGAGCCACAAGGCACACUCAGAGGAAGGGGGAGGGAGGGAAGACUGCAGAGUCAAACAAACUGUAAAUAUUGAGUUAUUUAUGCAUGUCCUGUGUUAUGUCCAUGUUCUGUUGAAAAAUGCAUUAAAGUGACGUUACUCCUAACUCUGUGUGGAGCUCUGUGUGUGUGUGAGGUUAUAAAAAUGAUUAUUCUACAUGAUAACGAUGAUGUCGGGUCAGGACAUAAAUAAAUCUAGAGUCUAGUACAAACUGAUGCUACUUCUGGGUCUACAUGCUCCCGUUAGCCGGCGAGGCUAGCUCAGCUAUCUUGUUAUUUAGUUUCUGAUUGGUCCAGUCCUUUGUUAUGUCGUCCAAGUGGCUGUCAAAAUCCACCAAUAGCGAGUGAUCUCCAGACUCCAGCAUCUGCCCGGCGAUGUCCCGAGUCUCCUCCCACUGUCGCAGCAUUAUC